CUCAUCUUGCGCUGGCGGGUAACCUAUGAUAAUGUAACGAACGCGGUCACGGUGACCGACAGAGAGCCACAUAUAUAUCCGUGACUCUGCGAUGAGUCGCUUUCUGGACAUCGAUUCUGGCUGCCUUGGCGACAAUGGUCUCCGUCUCGCAAUCAACGGACGGUUCUGGCCUUCUUUCUGCAUUCGUUGCAAUUGCCGUUGCGUUCAUUGCGUACUAUGCCUACCAGCUCGUUGCUUCAGGCCGUCCCACUGUGCCACUUCCUCCUGGCCCAAGACCUCUCCCGCUGGUCGGUAACCUCCUCGGCUUUCCCAGCUUCCACCCAUGGGAGACAUUCUCCAAAUGGGGCGAAACUUAUGGCGGCAUCAUACACGUCAGUGUCCUUGGCCAGAGCAUCAUCGUUCUCAACGACGCUCGAUAUGCAAUCGACAUGCUCGACAGGAAGGGCGCCCUCUACAGCGACCGCCCGACACUCGUCAUGUGUGGUGAACUCAUCGGCUGGGACGAAGGCCCCGCGCUCAGUCAGUUCGGCGACCGCUGGGCGGAGUACCGCCGGUUCUUCAGCCAGUUCAUGGGCACAAAGGCCAAGGUCGAGGCGUUCAGCCACACUCUUCACGAGGAGACAAAUGCCUUUCUGAAGCACUUGCUUGCCGAGCCCCGCAAAUGGGUGGAGCAUACCCAGCGGUUUGCAGGUGGUUUCGUUCUUCAGCUGACGUACGGCUAUCGAGCAUCGGACCCCGGUGGCAAGGAGCUCGUGAAGCUUGUUGACGAUGCUAUGGAGGGAUUCUCUGAGGCGACAGUGCAAAAUGCGUUUCUUGUUGAUGUGAUCCCCGUUCUGAGAUAUGUGCCUGAAUGGUUUCCCGGCGCCGCGUGGAAACGCAAAGCGAGGAUGUACCAUGACUACCUCCAGAAAAUGCUACGCGCCCCGUUCGAGCUCGUGAAACAACAGAUGGCCGCUGGUGUUGCGCGCCCCUCUUUUACCCAGAGCCAUCUUGAAGGCCAGAGCCUGGCCGCAGAACAAGAACGCAUCAUCCAGUGGACCGCAGCGGGAAUAUACAGCGGCGGCGCGGACACUACCGUGGCAGGCAUUGAAUCCUUCUUCCUCGGCAUCACGCGCCACACCGACCAGCAGAGGCGUGCCCAGGCCGAGCUCGACGCCGUGCUGGGGUUCGACUGCCUCCCAACGCUCGCGGACCGAGAGCGCCUUCCGUACUGCGAAGCGCUCUACUUAGAAAUCAUGCGAUGCUACACUUUCGGGCCUCUAGGAUUACCACAUGUGGUACGCGAGGACGAUGUGCAUGACGGGUACUUCAUCCCCAAGGGGUCAAUCAUCAUACCCAACAACUGGAAAUUCUUCAACAAUCCGAAGACGUACCCUCAGCCUAAGACCUUCGCACCAGAGCGCUUCAUGGGCAAGGAGAAGCAGUACGACCCGCGCAAGUAUCUCUUUGGCUAUGGUCGCCGGACUUGUCCCGGCAUCCACCUAGCUGAUGCAUCUAUGUGGCUCUUGUGCAUGUCGGUCCUCGCACUGUUCGAUGUCGAGCCCCCUGUAGAGGACGGGACACCCGUCGUUCCCCCGGCAAGGUUCUUGGAUGGUGCGAUCAGCCACCCUGAAGCGUUCAAAUGCGUGAUCAAGCCACGGAGCGCAGGGGCCGAAGCGCUUGUCCGUGGAUUGUCUGGUAACCUCUGACAUCUGCCGUCGUUGCAUGCGCCGCAGAGGUCAAAUGAUAUCAGAAGACCUGUUGGGGAAUAGUCGUUCACGCACCAGCAACUGGCAUGUACAGAUGGCGCGUGCACUAUUGGCUCAUAUGUAUUACUACUACCUGUUGUUCGUGGCGUUCUUGAAAAUGAUUGUCUGUGCGUCCUAGUUUCGGGAUGCCUCUGAUAUCAUCAACGCUGCGAUGUUCUUCCUUACGAAUCUUGCAAUGUCGAUUGUAGGGACGAAUAAAACUCUC